UCUUCCUCCUCCGCCAUGGCUAGCCUCUCCCUCUUUUCUUCUGUUUGAUUUGUAUGAUUUGUCCCGUGAUGUUGAUCCGGUUCUCAUCUAUACUCCUGCUGUAUCCCAUGGAGAAUCGAACUUGAUCAUUAGUAAUUGUGGUUUGGUAUCCGCGCUUGUCAUUUUGAACUCUUCCUGCAUGCUGCAAUUCACCCAUUUUUCUAUGAAUACUUUACUAUGGUCUAUGUUCUCUUGGGGGCAUCGAUCGACCACCCUCUGCUUUGGACGCUUCCAAGGCCAAAACGGCCGCCUCGGGGAAUCAGUGUGGUCUCCUCCCCCACUUCUUGGUUUUGGCGUGUAAUUGGACAGACAAUUACACCAAAUAAAAAGUGCAGCCUCGUUUGUUUGUUCCUGUUGUACACUUGUAUAUCAUUUUUUUUUUCUCAAAAGUUCCAAUUUUUAUGUUUAUUACAGUUCCUAGAGCCUGCCUCACCUUACCACUUGCUGGAUGGCUCCAAAGAGCUGUUAAACACAGCUCUAUGCUGUUUCAUGACAGCUUUGGUUUGAGCUGGUUAGUCUAUUCAAUUUGGAACUUUUCACAAUUAUUUGGAAAAGGCUGGUCAAACUCCAUCGCCUUCUAUACCUUGAGCUUGCCAACAUAAUUUACAAGAUCUAUUGCACGCACACACACUUCCCUUUUCUCGAACGAAAAAAGGCGAUAUCUUGUCUCAAGGAAUUCUUUUUCCACUUGUAGCUAGGCUUUUUCGCUUCAUACGCUUGGUUGCAACUCCAACUAUAUGAUCGGAGCUUCUUUGCAACGGUGGUUUAGUUCUUGCGAGGAAUUAGGAUGCAGGAAUUAGAUUAGGUCUCCUAGCUGCUAAGUAAUUGCUUUGGCACAAGAGCCAUUCAUUUGAUGCUGGAAGAAGAAGCUGGGCUCAGAAAAUGGACCAGAAAACCAACAGGAGGAAGAAGUCUCCCUUUGGAAGGACUCCUACUAUGAAGGGUAGGAAUUCUUCAUCGAGACACGGUGCUGAGCUCUCUAUGAACACUACAGUUGAUUUGAAAGAGAGACCAGAUCACUCACCCGUGGCUUCGCCGUCAGCAUCAUCUUCAUCCUUCUUCAAAAGUACAAGCCUGAAAUUCAGCAAUUUCAGUUCUCCUGCAUCAACCAGCACGCAUAUUGAGUCUUUUAGGGUAUUUGCAGCAACAUGGAACGUCGCCGGAAAGACUCCAGAUAUGGAGCUGAAUCUGAAUGACUUGCUGCCUUCUGAUGACCAUUCAGAUAUUUAUGUUCUAGGAUUCCAAGAGGUCGUCCCUCUCAACGCCGGGAACGUGCUUGUGAUCGAGGACAACGAGCCGGCGUCGAGAUGGCUCGCGCUCAUCAACCAGGCGCUCAACCGGACUUCGUCGUCGCCGCCGGCUAGCCGGUCCUUCAGCCAGUCCGCCUCUCCCGCUUCGGCACUCCACACGGCGAGCUCCAGCCCGCUCGACCCAUCGCUGUUUCACAAGAACGGGUCCUCCCCCAGAGAGGUUCGCCGCGCCGCCAUCACCCGCGGCCGCCGGCUCAAGUCGUGCACUUGCCCCGCGGAGAGGCCGCCCCGGCGCCGGCCGUACUCCAAAUCGUCGUCGUCCUGCCUGAUGAUGCGCUGUGGCAGCAGCAAAAACCGGCGCCGGUAUGCUGUCGAGGGCGACACGACGACGUCAGACGAGGAGGACAUGGACGUCGUCGUGGACGGCGGUGGGGAGGCAUCGUCCAUGGCGUCCGACGCCACGCUGUUGCUCCGGCCGGCGGCGGCGAACCUGCAGAGGAGGUACUGCCUGGUGGCGUGCAAGCAGAUGGUGGGUCUCUUCGCAACGGUGUGGGCGCGGCGGGAGCUGGUGGCGCACAUCGGCCACGUCCGGCUCAGCUGCGUCGGCCGCGGCAUCAUGGGCCGCCUUGGCAACAAAGGGUGCAUCUCCGUGAGCAUGUCGCUGCACCAGACGUCCCUGUGCUUCGUGUGCAGCCACCUCGCCUCUGGUGAGAAGGACGGCGACGAGCUCCGCCGCAACUCCGACGUCGUCGAGAUCCUCAAGAACACCCAGUUCCGCCGCGUCUGCAAGCGCUCCGGCCGCCGCAUCCCGGAACGAAUCCUGGACCACGAUCGCGUGAUCUGGCUCGGCGACCUGAAUUACCGGAUCGCGCUGAGCUACGCGGAGGCGAAGAAGCUGGUGGAUGCCGGCGACUGGGCGGCGCUGUUCGAGAAGGAUCAGCUCAAGACGGAGAGGGAGGGCGGGGUGUUCCGCGGGUGGAGCGAGGGCGUCAUCACCUUCGCGCCGACGUACAAGUACUCGUGGAACUCCGACAGCUACUACGUCGGCGAGGACGACGACGGCGCGGCGUCGAAGAAGAAGACGAAGCGGAGGACGCCGGCGUGGUGCGACCGGAUCCUUUGGCGCGGCGACGGGAUCGUGCAGGUGGCGUACGUCCGCGGGGAGUCCAAGUUCUCCGACCACCGCCCCGUGUGCGGCGCAUUCAUCGUCGAGAUCGCCGUCCUCGACGGCACGGCCAAGAUGGUGAAGCUCGUCGCGGCAACGGCCAGCAUGAAGGUCGGAGCGGAGGAGCUCCUCCUACCUCGGCAACCGUAGCUAGAAUCGGGCAUCAAUUUGCGCAAGUUGGUGCCAAGAAGCUCAUCGCAUCGCAUCUCGUUGCGUACGCCACUGAUAAUCUAGGAGAUAGCUCGGCGCGUACUGAUGCGUGAACCGCUGUUGUUUCUUUGUGCUUUCAAGAUUCAGUUCUGACACCAAAUGCUAUAGAAACCAAAUCGCUCUCUCUGACACCAAAUGUUAGACUAAAUCCCUCAGCUCUAAUCUGCAUCUCUGAACUGAAUGUGUGUAACUAGUUUACAGAAAACAAUUUCAUAUAUUAAUUAUUAUACAAGAAAACCCUAA